AUGAACAGUUCAAACCUAGGCAGUAUACAUGAUAACAGUUUAAACCUAGACAGUAUUCAGACUAACAGUUCUAACUUUGACAGUACUCAGGCUAACAGUUCUAACUUAGACAGUAUUCAGACUAACAGUUCCUAUCCAGACAGUAUCCAGACUCAGAAUUUUAAUCUAGACAAUAUACAGACUAACAGUUCUAACCUGGACAAUAUUCAGACUAACAGUUAUAACCUGGACAAUAUUCAUACUAACAGUUCUAACCUAGACAGUAUUCAGACUAACGGUUCUAAACUAGACAAUGUUCAGACUGCCAGUUCUAACUUAAACAAUAUUCAGACUAACAACAGUAUGUGGACUAACAGUUCUAACCUAGACAGUAUCCGGACUAAUAGUUCUAACCUAGACAAUAUUCAGACUAACAGUUAUAAUCUAGACAAUAUUCAGACUAACGGUUCUAACCUAGACAAUAUUCAGACUAACAGUUCUAACCUUGAUAGUAUUCAUACCCAGGAAUUAUCCAGGUUAACAGGGGAAAAACUCGACUAUGAAAUUUGA